AUGGAUGGCACCACACUGGAGAUUAGUAGUUUAUCUGGGGCACGUGCCAGACGUGGCACACACAAUAAGUGCUGGAAAACUGAGUAUGAUGAUUUUCUCAUUCCUGUACUUGUUGAACAAGUAAAAAAAGGCAUGAAAUGUGAUAAGACUUUCAAGAAACCCGCAUUUGUAUAUGCUGCAAGUGCUGUCAAUGCUAGGUUUAAGAUAGAUUAUACAGUUGACAAUGUUGAGAAUCACUAUAGAACAUUGAAGGCACGAUUCUGCGAGAUAAAGAAAGCAAAAGGAUUAAGUGGUGUUGGUUGGAAUAAUGCAGAGAAGAUAAUCACUCUUCCCGCAGAAGUGUACCAAACAUACACAGAGGCUCAUUCAGCGACAAUACCAUUUAUUAACAAGCCACUAACCAACUAUGAUGGGUUAUGCAUUAUUUGUGGAGAUGAUAAUGCUACUGGAUCCUAUGCGACCUCUAUGUUUGCAAAUAUUGAAGAGAGAUUAGAAGAAGAAAAAAUGGAGUUAGAAGGUGAGCCAAAUGAAAUACCUGUAAACAAUGAAGAUAAUGGUGACCAAAACAUAAGCCCACCAGUUCAUAGUAGCUCACUAUCUUUGACUCCCAUUAGAACCCAAUGA